AGGAGUUCUCUGAUUGGCCAAAACCAGCCCCUCCCCCUUGCAACGAUUGUUCUAGUGAACCACCGAGGGUCUUUUUCAACUGUUCACGGCCCCAGCAGCGCAUUUAAACGGGUUAAAGGAAUGUAGACAGUCACUGUAGCUUCACUGUAAGCGGUGGGUUUCCUCUGCAGUGAAAGUCUGAAGGUUUUUCCUCCGCCUUCAGAUGAAAAGGAGAAGGAUACAAAGGAAGAAGUAGCAGCCAGCCGUUAGAUUGUUUUGAACAGGCAGCUGCUAACUUCAGUUCAGUGUGGAGUUUUAACAGCUAGCUGCGCGCUCCUCUAACCGAGAAGCAGGGUAGUAUCACAGGUUAACCGUUUUAGGCAAAUCAGGUGUAGUCAGUUGGAGGAAAAUGGUGAUUUUCUCCGCAGCGGUUAGACCUUUGGUCUCUCACCUUCGGCGACAACUCGUCAGACACGCCAUGAGUCCCAGGAUAACGCCUGUCCGACGAUGCAACCUCACGGCGUGUUCCAGCAAAUAUGUUCUGUCUCAGAUGCACCCCAUGUGGCAGGAGCCCCUGGAGGUGCCAGGAGGGGAUCAUCAGUCUCCCAUCGACAUCGCCGUGAAAAAAGCCGUCUUCGACUCGGAUCUGAAGCCGCUGGAGUCCAGCUACGACCCGCAGACCUGCCAGCAGAUCUGGAAUAACGGUUACUCCUUUCUGGUCGAGUAUGACGACACUACUGACAAGAACAUUCUAAAGGGAGGCCCUCUACAGGACAAAUACAGGCUUUGUCAGUUCCACUUCCACUGGGGCGAGAGCAACGACUGGGGCUCAGAGCACACUGUGGACCGACGGCUGUUUCCUGCAGAGCUCCACUUGGUCCACUGGAACUCUGACAGGUACACUCUGUUCGAGGAGGCGGUGAUGGAGGAAAACGGACUCGCAGUUAUUGGAAUUUUUCUGAAGGUGGGAAAGAGACACGAGGGGCUGCAGAAGCUGGUUGACGCUCUGCCUGCUAUCAGACACAAGGACAGCGUGGUGGAGUUUAACCGCUUUGAUCCAGCUAGUCUGCUUCCCUCCAACAUCGAUGACUACUGGACGUACCACGGCUCUCUGACCACACCCCCUCUCACAGAGUCCGUCACCUGGAUCGUUAUGAAGCAGCAUAUUGAAGUCAGCCAUGACCAGCUGGCGGUCUUCCGGAGCCUCCUGUUCACCUCUGCCGAGGAGGAAGUCCAGAAGAGCAUGGUGAACAACUUCCGGGUGCAGCAGCCUCUGCGGGGUCGCACCGUCCGCUCCUCCUUCACUCCUUUCCUGCAGGAGGCGCCGUAGAGGUGACAAGCAAAACGGCAUACGCUGCUGGACUCUAACAACACAACACUGCUUGUGGAAGCAGAACCAGUGUUUAUAUGACCGGUUUCCUCUGGGGAUCUUCAUCCAAUACAAUCACUUCCUGUUUUAUUUUAAUGAACAGUUUUACAGAGGAUGGAAGAAAACUUGUAUUUUUGGUUUGACUGUUUCAGACCCGUUAUCAAUAAGGGAGUAAGGGUAACUGAGGGGGAUUUUAUUUGAUUUUAAUGAUUACAUUAUCAUAAAUCAUAUUUAUUCUACAUUAUGGAAGCAUCACAUUGAGCUUCAGGUUCAGUAAAAACCCAACAAGUUAGAUUUCUAUCUAAUGUCUGUUUACAGCAAAAUUCUCCUUUAAAUUUUCAUAAAAAUUUCUGCAAAAUCACAAAUCCUUUUUCAGUCAGUCUUCUCAGGCUGCUGUUUGUUUUACUGAAUAUUUUCUUCAUCUGUUACAAAGAAAUUCCUCUGAAUACGUCUGACAUUCAGAGCUGUGUUUCACUAAUUUUUUAACUUUUAACUGAGUUGUUUUUUUUAACUCUGUCUUUGUUACUAAGACGCACAACAUGCAACGUUAGAGCAGCAGACUCGUAGCGACACAGAGCGUGGGAAUGAAAGUAUAAGAUUCAAUGAACCUUAGUGCCUUUAAAUGUUCCGAUUUCUCUUUUGUGUUAGUUUAAUUCUCACCUGAUUUGUCUUUUCUUCUACUUUAUAAAAUUAAAAGAAAUAGCAGUUGUUUGAGACUUUCAGUCAAUCUUGUCAGGAUUAUAUCAUCUGAUUGAAUAAGGUUGAUCUCAUCAGUCGGCUUUCAUCAGACUGAUUCAGUUAGCUAAAACGAAUCAUAUUGUACCUCUUAAAGCUGGGAAAAUGCAGUCUUCUAAGCUACUGUUGUGCCUUUAUGACUCUCACCCAGGGUAAUGUAGCCUAGGGGCGGCACAAAAAUUGGUUCUUCUCAAUGUGCACUCAAUGUGUUAGCGCUGUAGAAAGAUAUUGCUGUACACUUGCUAAUAAGCACUUCCUGUUCCUUGUUAAAAGUGAGAACUUGUUCUCAACCAACUUACCUGGUAAAAUAAAGCAAAACAAAAAGUAAAUUUAUGUUUAAGUUGCUUUAUAAUCAUUUUCUUUUUCUCAACGGACUCUAGAUUACAUCUAAUUACAUCAAAUCCCAAAUACUUAGACAGGUGGAGCUGUUUGAGUUACAAAAUGCACUAAAAUCAGAGUAUAAAAUAAAUAAUAAUGUAAAUAAAUAUAGACUGAGUGAACCCAGGGUGCCAUUCACUGCAAGCUGAUUUAUUUUAAAUCAAAGUAAAAGAGCACAAAAAGUGCCUACUUUGAGCGUCUUUUCAGCAGAUAUUAAACUUGUUUCUUCUUCUACACCCAGUUCAUUUUGCAACAGAUUCUACUGAGAGGAGGAUUUUGCAAUCUGCUCAGGUUUAAGCAAUAUUCAGUUAUCUGAAGAAGUCCAGCCUCCUUCAUGCUUUGCGUUAUGCCCGUCUGUUGUCGUUACUCCCGCCUGUGCUGCUCUGCCAGAAAGAUAAACUUGAAAGUCGAGAUGAAGACACGCAUUACGUUUGUCCUCGGCGCGUGAAGUUUUUUUAUUUCUGAUUUACGGUCCAGUUGAGGCGAGAGGCCACCGUCCCUGUAAUCCCUCUUUCACAAUGCAGCUAUCCAAACUCGCAGCGGUGACCCCGGGAGUCGUGAACUCCGGCGCGGGACGCUGCACGAUGAAAAGAACCGAGUGAUGGCGACUUGUUCUGAAAGCUUCAGAAUAGUUAGAUAAACACCACAGGAGCCACAGCAGGCGUGAAACAUUGCUGCUUGGUUUGGGUUUUCUUUGGGUGUCAAACUCAUUUUCGGUUUCGGGUCACAUAAAUGUUCUGAAAGGGCCAGUUGUGUCAGAAUGUAUGAAAUCUGUUAUCAAACUGUCAAAAUAUUAAUAAAUGGCUGUCUGCACUCUGUAAGUGACUCUUAAAAGACACUGUCUUACAAAAGUAUUCACACCGUUGACCUACAAUCAGAAACAUUUGAAUUUAAUGUGAAAGACCAACACAAAGUGGUAUACAAAUAUGAAAUGGAAAGAAAAUCUUUUUACAUUGAUCAGUCCCGCCAGGAUUUUGCGAUUGUUUUUCAGAUUCCAGAUUUUCUGGUGCAAAUUUAGAAAUAUUUGCAAGAAAUUUUGCAAACUUGAGAUGUGACUUUUUAUUACUCGUCAUAUCGAUCACAAACUAAAACUUCACAUCAAGUAAGUAAACAAAAGUUAUUAGUUGUUUUCCAUUUCUUUGGCCAAAUUUGUAAUGUUCUUGACUUGUAGUCAGGGGUUCAAUCAAAGUCAUUUUGAGGGCCACAAAUGGCCCCCAGGCCACACUUUGGACACCCCUAACUUAAACCUAAUGUAUUUUGACUAUUUUUGCCAAACAUUUGUAAAAAACUCGUUAAAAAAAUGCAUUAGGAUUUUUUCCUUUUUGCGAUCGUGAAAAGCUGUAGGGACUGAUUUCUGUAACUUUUAGGGCCACAUAAAAAGCUACAGUGGGCUGGAUUUGGCCCCUUGGCCUUGAGUUUGACACAGGUGGCGUAAAAAACAUGAAAUAUGGGCAACAGCAGAAUGAAGGGACCCAGAGCUGAUUUUAUGCUCCAUCUGUGCAUUAAGUUACUUUAUGGCCUUUUUUUUGUUUUGAUGCAACGUUGUUACUUUAAAAUAUUUUAAUGGCUUUUUCUGUCUGUAGAAAUUUGUUUACUUCACAAUAUCUUCGUUACUGUAAAUUAAGAUGUUUUAAAUGCUUCCCUGAUUUUUGAUCUGAGCUAUAAUUGAAUGUGCAGCAUCACCUGCAGCUCAGUGGGAUGUUUAAGCAGCUGUACGUUGUUUUUACUGUAACUGUAAGAAGUGCAUAUUGUCACUGCUUAUUUGUCCAGUGUUUGGCCUACAUUCCUGCCCCUCCCCCCUCCGGUGUCAUGCUGGGCUACUCCCAGCAUGCUUUGCUCCACCUGCGUGGCUUCAUAAAGGUUGCCAUCCAGCUGAGAGGGAAACUGUAAACCACUGAUGUACAUUUUGAUUUUUAAAGAAACUGGCUGUAAUGUUUAACAAUAAAGUAAUAUAUCAAAAUA